AUGUAUCCAUCUCUCACCUCCAGGUACCAGAUCCACACAGGAUUGCAACACUCCAUCAUCCGCCCACGGCAGCCCAACUGUCUGCCUCUGGACCAGGUGACGCUGCCCCAGAAGCUACAGGAGGCAGGCUACUCCACCCACAUGGUGGGCAAGUGGCAUCUGGGCUUCUACCGGAAGGAGUGCUUGCCUACCCGAAGGGGCUUCGACACCUUCUUGGGCUCCCUCACAGGCAAUGUGGACUAUUACACUUAUGACAACUGUGAUGGCCCGGGGGUUUGUGGUUUCGACCUGCAUGAGGGCGAGAGUGUGGCCUGGGGGCUCAGCGGCCAGUACUCCACCAUGCUCUAUGCCCAGCGUGCCAGCCACAUCCUAGCCAGCCACAAUCCCCAGAAGCCCCUCUUCCUCUACGUGGCUUUCCAGGCAGUACACACGCCCCUGCAGUCACCUCGAGAGUACCUUUACCGCUACCGCAGAAUGGGCAAUGUGGCUCGGCGCAAGUAUGCGGCCAUGGUGACCUGCAUGGACGAGGCUGUGCGCAACAUCACCGGGGCCCUCAAGCGCUACGGUUUCUAUAACAACAGUGUUGUUAUCUUCUCCAGUGACAACGGUGGCCAGACUUUCUCAGGGGGUAGCAACUGGCCCCUUCGAGGACGGAAGGGCACCUACUGGGAGGGUGGUGUGAGGGGCCUGGGUUUCGUCCACAGCCCCCUGCUCAAGAAAAAGAGGCGGACCAGUCGGGCCCUGGUGCAUAUCACAGAUUGGUACCCAACACUGGUGGGCCUGGCGGGUGGCUCUACAUCAGCAGCCGAUGGCCUGGAUGGGUAUGAUGUGUGGCCAGCCAUCAGCGAGGGCCAGGCCUCGCCUCGCACAGAGAUCCUGCACAACAUCGACCCCCUCUACAACCAUGCCCAGCAUGGCUCCUUGGAGGGUGGCUUUGGCAUCUGGAAUACAGCCGUGCAGGCUGCUAUCCGGGUGGGAGAGUGGAAGCUGCUCACCGGAGACCCAGGCUACGGCGACUGGAUUCCACCGCAGACACUGGCCUCCUUCCCUGGCAGCUGGUGGAACCUGGAGCGGAUGGCCAGCAUCCGCCAGGCUGUGUGGCUCUUUAACAUCAGUGCUGACCCUUAUGAGCGAGAGGACCUGGCUGGCCAGCGACCUGAUGUUGUCCGCACCCUGCUGGCUCGCCUAGCUGAUUAUAACCGAACUGCCAUCCCUGUGCGCUACCCGGCUGCUAACCCUCGGGCCCAUCCUGACUUUAAUGGGGGUGCUUGGGGCCCCUGGGCCAGCGAUGAGGAAGAAGAGGAGGAGGUGGAAGAAGGCAGGGGCAGAAGUUUCUCUCGAGGCCGACGCAAGAAGAAAUGCAAGAUUUGCAAGCUUAGAUCUUUUUUCCGUAAACUCAACACCAGGCUGAUGUCCCACCGGAUCUGAUGGCUGGGGGUGGCAGGGAAUCUCCGUUCCCCUUCAGAUGUUGUCCCAUUGCUGGUUCUCAGGGAGAAGGCCAAGGUCAAGUCUUCAUCUGCAGGCAUGUGAAGGGAGGGCACAGAAGCCCUCAGCUGAAUAGGGCGUGACUUGGGGAAGGGCACAAGCCAGGCUGGGAUGCCUGGGUGCCAGUCUUGCCUCUCUCCUGAUGUGUAUGUUCUAUCACCUCAGGUACCAAUAACAGCAUUCUGCCUCCUCCUCACCUCUAAAAUGGGCUCUGGUGACUUUACGAUUCUGGUGCACACAUGUGUCUGGGGCCAUGGCAGGUCCUUGCUGACCUCACCACUUUCCAGAGGACUCAAGUCCAUGACCUUCUUUCUGGGUCUUUGUGGUGUUCUUAGAUAUCAGCUGGAGCAUUACCAUCUGGCUGUUCUGUUGAAGGACUCAAUGAGGUCGGACAGUGUAGGGUAUGAGAAUCUUCACAUUCCUGGAGCCUCAAGACUUGGGAGCCUAGUGGAAUGUUCCUCUUUUUUCCCCCAGCAUCCAGGGGCAACUGACUUGGGCCCUGAGCAGCUGCUUAGUGAGGGUGGGGGAAACAGCUGUGAAAAGAGCCUUUGAACCAAUCAUCUCCUUUGGCCUUGAACACAGUCCUCCCUCCCCCAGGCCCUUGAUUUACCUACCUGCAAAGGGUAGGGAAAUGCUAGUCCUGGCUCUGCCUACCUCACGGUGCUGAAGAAAACUGGCCAAGCUAAUGGUUGUGGAGGAGACUGUGAACUUGAUUAAAGUGCCAUUACCCAGAGGCAAGCCAUGCUGGUCU